AUGUCUGACCUGCUUAGAAGGCAGUUCGGCUCAAGGUUGAGAAGCCAUGACAGGUGAGGCAAGGCUUCUCACUUUGACACAUUCUUUUCAGCAACUUGUCUAAUCACCACACGUCCACCUCCUUCCACCCGUACAAAUGGUCGAAGUACUUCAACAUCCGCGAUGACAUCGAAAUAGAAUCUGGGGUAAAAGAAGCCAGUAUUUUGUCUGUAUUUAGCAGACUUUUAGAAUAUACCGCCGUGGGGUUGAAGGUCCCUUGCUAUUCUUCAUUCACGGUGGUGGAUUUUCUGCCUUGUCAUGGGCCGUAUUAAGUGUAGGUUUGCGUUUACUAUAUUUACUUACCAGGCUGCAAUGACUCGGGAAGUCCGUUGCCAAUGUCUGGCUGUUGACAUGCGUGGCCACGGUACUUAGAUCUUUGCUUUUUCUGAGCUCCAUCUAGGUGACACUCACUGUCAUGACGAGUCGGAUUUGUCGAUUGAGACGCUUACGUCAGACAUAAUCAAAAUAAUCUUUGCAAUGUUCCCCACGGAGGCACCACCUAUCGUACUCAUCGGUCACAGGUAACUUUCUGUGAACUAGUUCUCAUUCUUAGUAUAUGCAUUUUUCCCUUGUAUGCCUGCAUUCAUCAACUUUCUUAUUACCCGAUAGUGAGGACUGAAGUCAGCCAGUUCUUCACGUUUCUGAUUCGACUUUGCUAUUUACCUCACUCUUAGAGCCCCUUGUAAUUUCGGUAGUUCUCCUAGAGCCUUUGUACGAGUUUAAAGGUUUUUCUCCUGGCACAGAUGCUGGUCAGUAAAUGAUGUUCGCAUUUUCAUGCAAGCUGAUACUUGUGAGGUUUGAGAUAAGCUGGGUGGUUCGUUCGACUAUUGAUAUCAUAAUCCCGUCUUUGUAGUUUAACCUUACCCUACCCCUAUUCUCACUGCUGGAAUGUGAGCAUUGAACGGGAAUAUUUUAUUUAUCCACUUUUUCCCUUUCUUGUCUCGAUUUAUCCUGUUGUCAGAUGCGUUUCCUCAUUUAAAGUGUUUUCUGGCAGCCAGCGAUAUGUUCUGCAUACGCAAACACAUAAGUGGUUCGCAACUCCGCGGGUCGACUUAUGUUAUCAGGUGACCGUCGAAUAUGGUCCCUAAAUCUACACAACUCAACUUUUUGCUCUCUUUACUAGUCAGCGACCUAGAAGUAUUGCCUUCCAACAGAAGACAGACAGGAAAUGUCGUUUCUAACUCACCUGUGAUUCUAAGUCUGUCAUACCUUAGUCUCAGGCCAGGAGGACUUACAGUAUAAACUCAGAGAAAUCCGAACGCUGAGCUCAACCAGACAUGUUGGGGAUCACUGAUAUUUAUCUGUCUGCUUUCAUUGCACGGCUAGAUAUGAACCGUCCUGUUGCUUGUGGUCUCUGUCCAUAGUUUUCGCAGCCGGCGACAGCAGCCAAUUAGUUAUCGAGAAGAAUUAACGACGGAGACUGGCGCCCUUAUUUGAAGUCGGGGAACGACACUCGCUGGAUUAUGCUCGUAAACUACGGCUAUCAGUAAGCGCAAGUGCAGAUGCGGUCGCCAAACCGGGUUCUGUUUCACGUAGGCACUGUGACAGUCGAUAUGUCCUGUCGGUUAUUGACAUCGAAAACUGUUUGCCUGAGGAGAUUUGCAUUCUAUUAAAUGUUUUGGAGAAUUUCUAUGUGGUUGUUGCUGUCAAACUGUUAACUGCCGGAACGGCGAGAGCAAAUGAAAGUUUUCGCAAAAAAUAUGCUUACUCAGCAAUGUUUGACUGACAUCUCAAAAUCCUACCUGUACUUGCUACGCCUGAAAUUGUAGCUAGUCUAAUCGACCUCCCCGAUGUCGAUAGUACUCCUCCGCGCUCAACGACUGCCGACAACGAAUCAGGAGAGUUCGACCCACGUUUUUUCCCGAUGGCAAAGACUGAAGGUCUGAAAAUCGCCUUUGUAUCUCGAGCGUGAUUUUCAGCCAACCUCGCCAACACCAAUUAGGCGGCCGAUUCGAAUGUAGGACGGCAGAGCUUAACUCAUGGGGUAGAUUACGAAGAAUGUGGCAUAACCGCUUCUUUCUUGACUGGUGUGGCAUAUCCCUGGAUGCCUCAGCUUAUAAGGACCGACCUGCUCGUAACUUAGAAAAUUCCCAUCAAGUAACGGUGGUCGAAAUCAUCCCGUCCCACCUCGUCUUCCACGCACACGGCAGUUCGACCGUCGUUACCGACAUUGUAUACCAUGUGCCCCGCUGUAUGGUGGGCGUAGGGACGAUGACUUGCGCGGGAAUUAGUUUAUGAUAAUUGUGGUCUUACACUGCAUUGUUGCACUCGCCCCAUGAUAAGCACCUAUCGCACUCUUCUCCGCUGUCCAAACAAAGUCUUGAAGACCGGAGGCGUGAUCGGACGUAGUGACUGACAAAGUUUAGCAACCCGUCUACGUGCGCCACGCGCAUAUGGUCCGCGCACGAUAGACCAGGCUUUCGAAGAGAGCAAGAGGGCGGCUCUGACCUCAAUCGGGUGGGAGUACCAUUGAAACCUUGUUAAGAAGGAGCAAUUUCAGUCUGACUCUAGGUCCUUAGAGGACCGAGUUACCUGUCAGUUGGCAGCCUUCCAAGCCACAGCUUUUAGUGCACCGUUAUGAUUUUUAAGCGCGUCGAAUUGUUUGUAGUGAGGAAUAUGUGUUGAGUGCCGCAGGGAGAGGGUCUCCAGAGUCGGCAUUAAUCCCAAGUACUGGUGCCGAAGAUGACCGACAGAUACAUGCAAUCCGUCUAUGCAUGCCACACAUUACAUACCACCAAAAUACCAGGUUUUCACACAAAGGGGUUGGCGACUCGGAUUUCAUAUGCGUGGGUGUCAUGGGGGCCACAUUAAAAAGGAAUCAUUGAGCCCCGCUCCCAAUCCAUCAGUCAAUCACUAUACGCACGCACAUAAGGCUGACUAGGAGGGCUGAGUUGUAUCGUCGGUUGGCAUCCUUCCAAGUCACGGCGUUUAGCGCGUUGUGAUAGGUUCUGGCGCGCCGGGUCUAUUAUAGCCAGAGAUAUGACGUAUAGACGUUGCGAUGGAUUCUCCAGAGUCGACCUCACUCUCAUUUCUCUCCAGCGUACCAGUCGACUCCCAGCCAUCGGGUGCUCGGGUUGGGCGCAGUGGCUGAUGGAACUGCAGGGGCCCGUCUACUUAUGCCACACACGACCUGUUUUGACAGUCGCGCUAAAUAAUACGCCUCCCAUGUACGUACGAGGUGCCCGUCUCGUGUAUGGGGUAAGUAGUGUGGGGAAGGUUCGUGUGUGGUGUGGAGAGUGGUGCGUAGAUGUCUGGUCCUGGGGGUUUGGUCUGUAGAGUUUGAUGUAGAUCUUCCUGGAGGUCCGCAUGACCGAAUAGGCCUAUGAGGUGACUGAAUGUGCGUGGACAGUGCGCACAGUUGAGGUGAGGACAGCGAAUGCAUGCUGGUGCUUCGUGUACUGGUUCGUCAGUCUCAUUGCGAUGGAUUUGCAGCUGACCGAACACUCCGUUGCGGUAUGUGACGAUACGCUCUCAAUAAGGAGAGGCUGGGAUCAAGUCUGCAUUGCUGGCGGCGGUGGCAGUAAUGGUGACUGGCGGAACGCCGGAGGUAUGCUCACCGGUGAUGGCUGUCGUCAUCGUCGUGGGGCUUGCGGCAGGGGUGACGAUGGGGGUGUUUGCGGAGGCAGUAGGUGGAGUGGUCACAUUAUUUUGUUCGGUCCGAAGCUGUGCGAUUAGGCUGGUCCGCACGCGGAAUGUCAGUUUACGACGGUAACACGAUGGAAUAAGCUAGAUGUUGAAGUUGCGGGUCUUCGUAAAAGUUAUUCUUCAGCUCAUUGGAGCUGGUCCUUGGGGGUCGUAGGCGCUAACGAUGGUGGUGAAUUAGGUUUCCGGAAGAGGCAGGCGUAAGUCGUGGGAUUGUCCUUGAUGCCUUGCGGCAGACAGGACAACCGUUUCACGAUGUCCCGGAUGAUAAACGACGCCAUCUUUCCGUCGCGCUGACUUCAGGUGUCCGCCCCAGAUGAUAGUGUGGCAGACACCUGCAUCCUCCACCCGACUCUGUUCAGAGAAUAAGGUCUCUCUGAGGGCCACACUGUCCACCUUGUGUCCCACCAGUUCUUGAGCGACCAAUUCUCUUGUCUUUGGUCAAUUGCUCAGCUGAUUGUGUUGAAGAGCGAAAAUCUCAGGCUGCCAGAUUUAACAGUCACUCUAAUAGCCUGUAGGGCUGGGCGGAAGGGGUCAGGGAGAGGGAGGUUGUUUCUUGUUAUUGUCUUGACCACGAAAGAAGGUUGCCCUUUCGUUAUGAAUAGGCUUGGGGUUCUGAGACUUGGAACGGGUGUAGGACAUUUCAACUGACCUAAUUUCUGCAGACUUAUUAGCGUUGGUUAUGGAUCUACUGUAACAUUUUGUGAACACUUGUAGCUCUUUAUGUAAAGAAACCGUGGGAAGCCUCCCGUACCUUUGGACACCUAGUUUUUUUUUGAAACGAAUUCGAUUUAAGACACUUGCAAAGCUGCAAAGUACCCUUUAAGUACUACAUUUAAGGAGUUAAUAGCCCACAAAACGAGUGUUUUUGUGCACUUUCCAUAAAAAAAGAAAAUUUAUGCGCGCACUAGAAUCUCUUAUAAAUUUAGCACUAGUUAAGCAGUCAGUUCAUAACGAGGGUGAUUUCCUCAGAUGGCCGAUAAAAUACCUGGAACUCGGCACUCGGCCCUGCAGGAAAUACAUUGUGACUGUUUUGCAUGAUGACAAGUGUUUUGAUCCCACCAACGUAACGUGUUCGAAUUGAAACCAUGCUUUUAAAUGUUAAGUCACAGUUUAAAGAGUCUCGCCGUCAACAUUAUGUCUCUCAGGUUGGAUGCGUCUCCAUACCCUUCACCUACCUAUUUUGACCUUUUCAGUAUGGGUGGCGCUGUUGCGGUCCACGUGGCACAGAAGCGUGCAAUCCCAUCCCUCGCAGCCCUCGUAGUGAUUGACGUUGUGGAGGGUAAGCAGUAUAUAAAUGUAUAAAUGUACACUGCAUCAACAUUUUUGCCUCCAGGACACCUUCUUCCAGUCCCUACCUGCGGCUAGAAUUUAAUCCAACCUCUUUUUGCAUUUCGCCGUUGCCUGUCCUAUUAUGCUACUCUUGCGUAGGCCUGUAUUCUCCUGGCGGUGUGCUGUCGAUAUAAGGUCAGGGUUGUUAGUGACCUCGUCUUAGGUCGUGUUUAAAAUUUCGAUAUUUAGUUUACAUCGUGGUACCUCGAAUACUGUGCGCUUUGUACUGCCUCCCAUUAUAGGCACGGCUCUCGAGUCUCUGUACGGCAUGACAGCAUUUCUACGCAGCAGGCCUCAAGGAUUUCAUUCCCUUGCUCACGGCAUUGAGUGGUGGUGAGCUGUUUCAUAAUCGCAUUAUAUAUCCUUUAUUAUUUUUCUCUGUUCAUUUCCGCCUUAUCACCUGCCCGUGUGCAUGCACGUAGUAGCUUUCUUAAAGGGUCGAGACUUGGUCCCUAGCCUCUCUGCGGUCACCAGAUGCAUCCAUCGGUUGAUUAGGCAAAUGACGAGUCGCUCAGUGAGUAGUCAUGGAUCGUCCAGCAAUAACCCCAGCUUCGUGCCAAUCCUCCAGCGCAAACGAGCACUAGCUGCGAUAGCUCUCAAUAUCGUACGCACAUGCACAAGUAUGCUAAGGUCCGCGUAGCUAAGUUGGAAUUACGUGAACAGCUAAACAUUUGAGAGCUUUCUUACCCAAGGGCGUAGCAGUCGCAGACAAACCUACCCAUUAAUCUGCUCUAGUAACUAGGAAACUUUCCGAUACGGUAUCUAGUGUAGUCUACUGAUGCACCUCCUCCUCGGCUGAAGAUGCAAUUAUAGUCUCCCUACUUCAGCUGUUUUCUAGAAGUCCUUCCCAGCUCUAACCGUCCUGGCAAGUGACAAUGGGUCGGCAUUGCCUCGUAUCGGUAUUAUUAGUGUGAAUGAUGACUUGACCCCUUAUUAUACUCACUCCCCACCCCGUUUGCAGCGUCAGGACCGGACAGGUGCGUAAUCCUGAAUCUGCCAGGGUCUCCUUCCCUGGCCAACUACGGCGUAUGUGCACCGGGGAAACGGCCACUUGUGAACUGGAUCGCGGUGUAGCCUUCAUUGACGUCAACACCCAUGGGCCGCAUAAAUCGGGCUCCACUGACGACCAACGUGGUCUUUCUGCUGUGCCCGAGGCUAGCGACAUGGAGACGACGUCAGAACACAGUUUUUCUACGGCAGACGUCAAGGAAGACGUGAGCAGUCACGAUGUCCUCCCGAAUGCAACAGAAACCAUAGCCGACAGUAUUGUACGUAAUUGUAUUUCUGCCUUUUGAGUCGACGCCUUUUUGCCACUUGUCCAUUUACUGCUGAUAAAACGGCAUCGAUGAAUUUUUCUACAGCUUCACCUCUAGCUUGCACGAUUGUUUGCCCGGAUUAUUCGAUUUACUGGGCAUUAAGUUUCAAGGUUGUGCUGUAUGUGUGUUUAAUUUAACCGUAUUACUGUCAAUUCCGCCGUGCCCCGAUGAUUUUCGUCGACAUACUAUUUCUUGAGUCGCCGUUAGGGUUUUGAGGGCUCAUUCACGGGGUAAUCACCACUGAGGCCUUGUUAAGCCACGCUGCAGUUGACUGCAGGACAUGUUCUAUUUUGUGACGGACCACGCGAAUCCUCCCUCACCCCCGCCGCCCCCCCCCCGUCUGUUCUACAGUGUGUCAUCAAGUAACAACGCCAUGUAGAGACUGAAUCAUUGAGAUGCAGGCGGAUAAACAACGGUGUACAUAGCUCUAGUAAAGCCAUGUGUCUUCAAUUCCUGCCGCUUAUUCCACAGGCGCAAUUAUGCUUAUCUAGUUAGAGUCCGUCUACCCAUUCCUGGCGUGGUUUAAGAGGCCUAUCCUCAACCUUGUGAGGUAGAUGAGACAUCAUCCAAAUCGUACUCAGCACAAGUAGCUGGCAAUCUUAAUGUGCCAUCCAAAAGCUCCGCUGUUCGGCCAGGCAACUCAGGAUACCGCUCAUUCUACUUAGCAUCUCACGCAACCCCGACAAAGAAGCAGUUUGCAGAGGCCAUGAUGUACGAAGUCAAGCUAGUUACGCAUACUGGCCUGACAAGAAGGAGAAGGGAUUGGCUAUUUAAAUUCUGUAGUGCGAAUUUAAUAACUCAGCCCAACUGCCCGCAGCCCUGUUCUUCCCCUCUGUUCUGUCUGGCCCCUGAAGGUUGUUGGAGGCGGAUCGAUCAUGGACAGAAGGGGACAGCAAACGUAA